UUACACCAACAUCUAGACCAGGGGAGUGAGCUGUCUGGAGUGUCGCUAGUGUAUCGCAGGGGAGUGAUCUGUCAGGAGUGGCGCUUGUGCAGUUAACUAACAGGUUUCCACGCUUGUGAAGGUCCGACAGCGGCGGCGUGUGCUGCACGUCUUUCAUUAAAAGCUGUGAAUAGCGCUUGUGGCGUUUCGGAUGCACACGCCCGGUGGUCUGCACUAACCCGGUCUGUCGGUACCGCUGCUCGGUAUGCGUACGUGAGCGCGAGCUGCUGGCCGAUCUCCGCUCGCGCUCCGUCUUCGCCCAAGGACUCGUCGUCUGCCCCGGGGAAGAAUGGGGAAGCGGUGGCUCUGCUGUCUAUGUCUGACCCUAGCCGUGUGCUUUUUCCAGCGCGGAUGCUCUUUUAAUCUCGAUAUCGACAAGCCCUCCGUUUUCUCUGGACCUCGGGGAAGCUAUUUUGGGUUUUCUGUAGAUUUCUUCAGCCCCAGCGACAGGCAUUUGAACGUCCUCGUAGGCGCGCCCAAAGCAAAUACCUCGGCGCCCUCGUCGGUUACGGAGAGAGGAGCAGUGUACAGCUGUCCCUGGCAAACGAGCGGCUCCUGCACAGAGAUUCAGUUUGACAGCACCGAUGACCGAUUUGAGAAUGGGGUACAGAUGGAGUUUAAGUCCAGUCAGUGGUUUGGAGCCACAGUUCGGUCCGAUGGGGAACACAUCCUGGCGUGCGCCCCUCUGUACCAGUGGAGCACAUACGGUCUUAAGGAGCGUGAGCCUGUUGGAACCUGCUAUCUGAAGAAAGGCUCCACUGUGGUGGAGUACUCCCCGUGUCGCUCAGCUUCUGCGACGCCUGAGGGGCAGGGAUUUUGCCAGGCAGGCUUCAGUGCUGAUAUUGUAAAGAGUAAGCGGGUUGUGGUCGGAGGACCUGGCAGUUUCUACUGGCAAGGUCAGCUGAUCUCAGAUGACAUUUCUGAGGUCAUCAGCAGGUACAAUAAGAAAUUCCUGACACCUUACAACUCCCAGAUUGCCACCAAGUCAGCCAGUGCCCAGUAUGAUGACAGCUACCUGGGAUACUCUGUGACUGUCGGAGACUUUAAUGAUGACGGUGUGGAUGAUUAUGCCACUGGGGUGCCCAGGGGGGAGAAAGCGAUGGGCUACGUGAACGUACUGAACGGGAAAACCAUGGAGUCUGUGGUGAACUUCACGGGCGUGCAGAUGGCUGCCUAUUUUGGGAAUGCUGUUGUAGCGACUGACAUCAAUAAUGACAAGCUGGUGGACCUGUUUGUGGGGGCCCCCCUCUUCAUGGAACGUGGUUCUGAUGGGAAGCUGCGAGAGGUGGGCCAAGUGUACGUGUACCUGGGUCGGGGUGGGUUUUCUUUCCUUGCGCCACUCAAGCUGACGGGCUCGGAGAUCUACGCCCGCUAUGGGAGCUCCAUCGCCAGCCUGGGGGACCUGGACCUGGACGGCUUCAACGAUGUGGCCAUUGCAGCGCCGUAUGGAGGCUCCGCCCACCAAGGUGUGGUCUACAUACAUAAUGGGCGUGUCACAGGACCUGACCUUCAGGCAUCCCAGGUGCUGGAGGGGAAGUGGGCGUCGGCCUCCAUGCCGGCCAGCUUUGGAUACUCUAUGCAUGGAGCCACGGAUAUAGAUCAGAACGGCUACCCUGAUCUGGUGGUGGGGGUGUUUGGCGCUGACACAGCAGUUCUCUACAGGGCUCGUCCAGUCAUCAGUGUGAACUCCACACUGGACAUCAGUCCACAGAUCCUGAGUCCAGAUGACAAAAGCUGUCAGCAUCCGCACAGUGGGGCCAUGGUGUCCUGUUUCAUGGUCAAGUACUGUCUGAAAGCCAGCAGUGUAGGAUCACCGGCCAUGCUCAACUUCCAGGUGGACCUCACCCUGGACCGGCUGAAGCAGAAGGGAGCUGUGAAGCGCGUUCUGUUUCUCCACAGCGGUCUCGCGCAGUACACCAAGCAGAUGCACGUGUCUAACAACAGAAGCCCCUCGUGCGAGGAGCUGAAGGCCUAUCUCAUCGAUGACUCGGAGUUCCGGGAUAAGAUCACUCCCAUCUCCGUGUUCAUGGAGUACACCCUGGACUACGCUGCUGCAGCUGAUAAAACUGGCCUGCAGCCUGUCCUGGACCAGUCCACCCCAGCUAAUGUCACCAAGCAGGCUCACAUUCUCCUGGACUGUGGCGAUGACAAUAUCUGUAAGCCAGACUUAAAACUGGCUGUGGUCAGUGACCAGAAGCAGAUUUACAUUGGUGACGACAACCCCCUGACCCUGGAGGUCAUGGCGGAGAACGGGGGUGAAGGGGCGUAUGAGGCCGAGCUCCACGUGUUCAUGCCCCCCCAGGCCGACUUCAUCGGGGUGGUAAGGAACAGUGAGUCGCUGUCCAGGCUGUCCUGCGCUUAUAAGAAGGAGAAUCUCACCAGAGUGGUGUGUGAUCUAGGAAACCCUAUGAAAGGAGGAACCAAGGUCAUGGCUGGACUGCGCUUCAGUGUACACCAGCUGUCAGACCAGGACACCUCAGUCACGUUCGACCUGCGCAUUCAGAGCUCCAACCAGUACAACAACACCAGCAACCUGGUGCCCAUUGUUAUAAAGCUUGCUGUUCUCGCCCGAGUGGAAAUCCGAGGUGUCUCCGCUCCUGAGCAGGUGUUCCUCCCCAUUGCUAACUGGCAAGCCAAAAAGCAUCCGGUUCUGGAGGACGACAUCGGGCCUCUUGUCCAGCACAUCUACGAGCUGCGGAAUAAAGGCCCCAGCGCGUUCAGUAAGGCCAUGCUGGACGUGGAGUGGCCGUAUCGCAUCCACAAUGGCUCCCUGCUCUACGUCACCAAGUACGAGGUGGACGGACCCAUGAACUGUAGCACUGACGUGGAGAUCAAUCCUCUGAACGUCUCGAACCCCAUGAAUUUGGAUAAGAACAUGAGCGUCUCCGGGAGCGAUCGCUCGGAAGGUCGGAACAGGAACCACGUUUACCGCCGAGAUCUGCAGGCUCAGCGUGAGGAGGGAGACCUGCUCACCCUGGACUGUGAGAAGGCUCAGUGUCUGCAGAUCAAGUGUCAGGUGGGCCGUUUGGAGAGGGGUCAGAGUGCCAUUCUCUUCAUCUACUCCAGACUGGCGGUGGCCAACUUCCUGCAGGCUGAGCGUCAGAACAGGUCCUACGUUGUGAUGUCAUCGGCGUCAUUCAGUGUGAUCGAGAUGCCAUAUAAAAACCUGGAGUUUGAGCUCCCGUCAAACCGCACGAGUGCGAGUCUGAACGUGGUGUGGGUAAACUCGGAGCUGACCCAGCCUGCUCCCGUCUGGGUGGUGGCCGUGGCUGUGCUGGCUGGACUGCUGCUCCUUGCACUUCUCAUCUUCAUCAUGUAUAAGCUGGGCUUCUUCAACCGCGUCAGGCCUCCACAGGAGGAUGGCACGGAGAAGGAGCAGCUCCAGCCACAGGAGAACGGAGACCGCAACACCGAAGCCUGAGCCCUUCCUCACCACCAUCCUCAUCCUCAUCCUCACCCUCCCUGGACGCUAAGACUGCAGCGAACCCCAUUCCCAAAGCUGCAGCAGCCCUUAGGGGGCGCUCAAGUGCACAAACAGUCCACUCAGUCCACCGAAUCCACUCAGUCUUAACACACAGACGCACGUGUAGUGUCUUUAAAAGGGCGGGUGGGUAUGACCCUUACUGGGGUGGUUUGGUCAUGUGCUGUAAUGUUGAUCAGUGGCACUGUGUCUGUAAGGCUGAUGUGUGGAUUACUGAGGCAGGCACUAUUUCAUGUGAGCUCCACCAGGGGGUGGGCUCUCUCUCUCUCUCUCUCUCUCUCUCUCUCUCUCUCGCACUGACUUCAUGUGUUUGAGUUCCGUCUGGUAUUGGAGUUUAGAUUUAGUGAGCCAUGGACAAAUAAUCACAAAGAUACAGAAAAAAACAUUUGCCUUAAAUCUUCAAUGAAAUGACUUCACAAAUUAUUUGAAAUACGUUUUGUACAUUUUUUCAAAGUGUUUUUUUUGGGGGGUUAUUUUUCCUUCUUUUGCCCUAGGGAUAUUCUAUUUCGCGAGUUAUUUGCAGUGUAUUGCUUAGUGGAUUAAGAGAACUCUGUCCUCUGCUGGACUCUGUCUCCGUAACAUAAAGGCCGUGUCUGUGUCGUUCCUGAUCUUCUCCUUAAUUCCUUUAGAAAACAGGCUUGCCGGGGACUUUUGGUUUUAGUUCUUUUCCAUUAAGCUUCAUCACUUUCUCCCUUUUAACGGAGAGUUUAAUAAUGUCUUUCCCUCUACAGUUAUCACUCCGAUCUCUGAUGGAAUUUAUGUUGAUAAGAAAAAAUGCUUUGCAAUGCACUGUUGCCUCACGCACGCUCCUCGUGCACUCUCCAUGUUGAAGGUGAAACACGACUGUUUUGUUGUUCAAACUCCAUAUUUUUAAAUCCAUCAUUCAGUAUAAACAUCUUAACUUGUAUUACCAAACAUUCAGUAUUUAAUAUUUCAGAGUGUCAUGAAAAGGCAAAUUUAGUGAGUGCUCAUUAAUAAUUUACUUCUAAAGAAGCCUGAUUGCACUGUCAUUGGGUUCUUCAAGCUGAACAGUAGCUGUACUGCAAAUAACUUAGAAAAAAAAUUAACUUCAACAAAUAUUCAUUGAUAUUUCAGUAUAAUUGAUUGAGCACCUAGAAAACAAUACAAGAACUUUAGAAAACAACUGCAGGAAGUGACACCCGUAUGCACGCUGGAACAUUUAUGGAAUUUAGCACUCUUAUCCAGAGAGACUUACAAAAGAACUCCAUCAUUUAUGCUGAUACUCCUACAGGUAGACAGCGCACGCACACACACACACACACACACACACACACACACACACACACACACACACACACACACACACACACACACACACGCCCCUACUCUAGCAAAGACUCAGUCAGGAAAAAGUUAGUUUGAGAUUUAAAUAUCAUUUGACAUUUUAAAAACCUUCUGAUGUACCCGAUUUACGCUUGGCCUCAUCACCUUGUUUCCCGUCACUGUUAAUAGUAGACCAGGUUUUUUUGUUUGUUUGUUUUUUUAAAGAUUUAUCUACAAUUUCUUAGCAAAAAUACUGUAACCAAGUCAUACUCUGGCACAAGAACAGUCCCCUGGUCAUCAAUCAACGUAGAACAAAAAGGAACAAAGUCUGAUGUUUUGGAAGAACUCUGAAAGCAGGAGCAGUCAUUUCCCACAGUCUGGAGUGGCUGGAUUAGGCUGUUUGCAGUUAAUCAUUAUGGACAGAUUUUAGCACUAAUUUGACAUCAGGUUUCAGGUUGUACGUGUUGACUUUAAUGCUUCCAUAAUUCAAAUAAAUGACUGAUUUUCUGUA